AUUGGCAAAUUGCUGUAGACCCUCUACUGGGAAAUGCUUUUAAGAAAAUGGCUGAAACAUGGAAUUGAACAUGAGAAAUCCGAGACAAAACUAUGUGUACUGAGAUGAAACGAUUUAUGUUGUACUGAAUUCUAAAAGGAAAAAAAAAGAUGUGGGCUAAUCCAUGGGGCAGUGGGCCCAUUCAACAAGCAGCAUUUCAGGGUAUGCCGAAUGACCAAGUCGAUUGGGCUGCACUUGCAAAGCAGUGGAUUGCACAAAGAGAAAAUGUAGCAGACCAGCAACCUACCAUGCCAAUGGGUGGGGCUCCACCACCCCCACCUCCGCCCACCAGUGGUGGGACUGGGGGCGAUGAUAUGGAUAUUGAAGGAGACAAUGAAAAUAAUUCACAAAGCUCCAACAGCCACGGUAAUAUGCCAGUUUAUCAGAGUCAAGAUUACAGUCAUCAAAGUUGGGGCUGGACAGGGCUGCCUAACUGGAACAUGAAUGUAGCCACAGGAUGGGACGUGAAUGUUGGAGAAGGCAAGAAUCCACAGACGUUUGACUACUCCCACCAAGGAAAUUUCCCCCCAGCAUUUGAUUAUAAUCAUGGAGGAGAACCAUACAGUUACCAAGGAGGCAGUGGGGAUUAUAACCAUUACUGGGAUGGGCAAGAUGACGAUGACUCCCAGAAUUCAAGAUCCUUCAGGAACAACCAGCAUGGAAGCCAAUAUCUAGCUCCACCUGGAACUGAGGAUGAAAACAGUGGAUUAGAUGCUGCUAAAAGAAAAACUCUUCCAGCUUGGAUCAGAGAAGGUUUAGAAAAAAUGGAGCGGGAGAAACAAAAGAAGAUGGAGAAAGAAAGGUUAGAAAAGGAGAAAAUAGAAGCGGAAAAGCAGAGAGAAGAAGCUGAGAAGGAAGUUAUGGAAGAUAUGACAGAAGACGGUCAACCACAUGUUCCAAAAAAGAGCAGAUUUGAUUCAGAUGAUGAAGAGGAGAGAAGAUCAGUGUCUCCUGCUCCAGUUAAGGAGAGGCCGAGAUCUCCAGAACAAGCCAAAAAGAGAAGCCCUUCCCCGCAAGAGUUUAAAACGGAGGAGGAAAAACAGAUGGAAUUUAUGAUGAAAGUUAGAAAGAUGCUGACAGAAAUUCUUUUGGAUGUGACCAACUCAGAAAUUGAAAGUGUUUGUAAAGAGGUGUUCCAUAAAGCAAAAAACAGGGCUGCGAAAGCUCCAGCAAAGCAGCUCACCAGGUCUACUGCUUUAGCAUCUUUGACUGGCUUGGGUCUGACAGGGUAUGGCAGUGGUAGUGAGGAGGAGGAGGAAGAAGAAGAUGAAGAGGAACCAGACUCUGAUGAGGAUCUAGAGGAGAGGAUCCGACAGAAAAGGGAGGCAUAUGAACGCAAAAUUAAAGAGGAGGGCAUUUAUAAUGAGGAUGAAUUAGAACCAGAGGCACCAAAAAUCUUCAAGGAUCCAAUAUCAGAAAAACACAGCUAUCCAUUUCAAAACAAGUACAACGGAAUUCCUGGUUUAGAUGUGAAAUCUGAACCUGAAAAUAAUUUGGAAUCUAAAAAACACUCGAAAGAUUCAAAAGUAAAAACAGAACACACAAUGCAUAAAUCAAAGAAAAUUAAGAAAAAUAGGACUUCUUCGAGUAGUAGUUCUAGUACAACGGGAAGUUCUAGUGACUCCGACUCUGUUAGCUCUGAUAGCUCCUCGAGUUCUUCCACUUCCUCAAGCAACUCGGAUAGUUCUGUCAGUGAGAAAAGAAAAAAGAAAAAGGGGAAAGGUUCUUCAUCUAAGGUGGUGGGAAAGAGUAAGAAUAGGGAAAAAAGUAUCAGUAAGUCUGACAAGAGUAAGGACAGGGAGUCUGAUUAUACAAAGGAUAGGAGAAGGAGUAAGGGGGAAGAUCUCGACAGAAGUUUUAGUAGGACUGAUGAGAGACAGAGUAGCAAAGAUGAAAAGAGUAGGAAAAGGAAAGAUUCACGCAAAGACAGUUCUCGAGUGUCGCGUGACAGGAGCGAUAGUAGGGAGCGUGACUCUGACAGAAAAAAGUCAAAGAGGCAAAGAAGUAGAAGCAGGUCAAGGUCAAGAGAUAGGUAUAGAAGUAGAUCAAAAGAUAGGGGGAAAUACAGGAGCACAAGUAGGGAAAGAGACAGGGGGAAAUACAGGAGCACAAGUAGGGAAAGAGACAGGGGGAAAUACAGGAGCACAAGUAGGGAAAGGGAAAAGAGACAUAGAAGCAGGUCAAGGGAAAGGAGAAGGAGUAGAAGUAGGUCAAGGGAAAAGAGGCGUAGUGGAAGUAGGUCAAAGGAUAGGAAGAGGAGUAGAAGUAGGUCAAGAAGGAGGGAUAAUCAUAGACAUAGUGACAAAUAUAAAGAUGAUGAAAAAGGGAAAUCCCGUCAGUCCUUAGACUCUAAAAGUAGUAAAUCUAAAUCCAAAAAAAGGAGAAGGUCAAGGUCACAUUCAGACAGUGAUGAUGGACGAAAGAACAAACACAAAAAAUCAGGAAGGAAUCGAUCAAGGAGUCCCUCAGAAGAAUCCAAAUCCAGCAGUCACAAAAAGUCUGGUGGCGGUAAGAAGUCCAGACACAGGUCUAGCUCCAGCUCAAGGUGGGAAAAUCUCAGCUUACUUAUCAUAUGUCCACUGUUGGUGCUUUCGUUGUAUUAAAGCUUUUACGUUCAAGUAUGUUGUGUGUUUUUAAAGACUAAUUGAUAUGGGUAGGUAAUAAUAAGCGUUGUUGUUUUAUGUAGAGAAAAUUCUGUUUUGUUUCAGGUCCAGAUCUCCGAAACGAAAGUAAAGAAUUGAGUUCCUCCAGUUUUGUAGCAGUUUGCACACCACAGGAUUUUUGUUAUGCUUCUUAUGAAAUAGAUUUUAAACCUUUGAAAA